AUGACCCUGCAGCGGCCUAUUUCCCCACCACACCAGCUGUCUACUCGCCGAGCAUUCCAGAAUUCCUUUCAACAGCUCCUGACGGGACAUUUACUUCCGGCGAUACGAGCAUCUGCACAACCUAGGAGCCUAGACCAAUCAAAACAUUCGCUGACUGUGUCCCAUAGCGUGGAUUGUGGACAUAGUGGCACAGCACCCCUUGAGCAUUCCAAGGGACAAACUAAAGAUGGAAUACGAGAAGUCUAUAUAAGGCCUCGACCAGGGAUGUUGCGGAGACCACCACAAGGUGGAUGA